GGCUACUCGGAGUCUCCAGACCUGGAGUUUGAAUAUGCAGAUACAGACAAAUGGGCAGCAGAGCUCUCUGAGCUGUACAGCUACACAGAAGGACCAGAGUUCCUGCUCAACCGCAAGUGCUUCGAGGAGGACUUCAGGAUCCACAUGCGGGACAAGAAGUGGAUGGAGCUGGACAGGAACCAGCACCGCACACAUGCCAUGCGCCUGCUCGACGGGCUGGAGGUCACUGCCAGGGAGAAGAGGCUGAGGGUUGCUCGAGCCAUCCUUUAUGUUGCCCAAGGCACGUUUGGGGAGUGUGGCUCUGAGGCCGAGGUGCAGGCCUGGAUGAGGUACAACAUCUUCCUCUUGCUGGAAGUGGGGACGUUCAAUGCUUUGGUGGAGCUGCUGAACAUGGAGAUAGACAACAGUGCAGCUUGCAGCAGCGCCGUGAGGAAACCAGCCAUCUCCCUGGCUGACAGCACAGACCUGAGGGUGCUGCUGAACAUCAUGUACCUCAUCGUGGAGACUGUUCGGCAGGAGGCUGAGGGGGACAAGCCGGAGUGGAAGAGCAUGAGACAGACCUUCCGAGCAGAGCUGGGAGCCCCCCUGUACAACAACGAGCCCUUCUCUGUCAUGCUCUUUGGGAUGGUGACCAAGUUCUGCAGUGGCCACGCUCCUCACUUCCCUAUGAAGAAGGUGCUGCUCCUGCUCUGGAAGACUGUGCUGUGCACCCUGGGGGGCUUUGAGGAGCUGCAGAGCAUGAAGGCAGAGAAGAGGGAGCUGCUGGGGCUGCCGCCGCUGCCCGAGGACAGCAUCAAGGUGAUCAGGAACAUGAGAGCUGCUUCCCCCCCAGCCUCCGCCUCUGACCUCAUCGAGCAGCAGCAGAAGCGGGGCCGGCGUGAGCACAAGGCCCUGAUCAAGCAGGAUAACCUGGACGCCUUCAAUGAGCGGGAUCCGUACAAAGCUGACGACUCCCGUGAGGAAGAGGAGGAGAACGAUGAUGACAACAGCCUGGAGGGAGAGACCUUCCCCCUCGAACGGGAUGAAGUGAUGCCACCCCCCACCCAGCACCCCCCCAGCGACCGCAUCACCUGCCCCAAGGGGCUGCCCUGGGCCCCCAAGGUCCGAGAGAAGGACAUUGAGAUGUUCCUGGAGUCCAGCCGCAGCAAGGUUAUCGGGUACACUCUCUCUAGUGACACCAACACUGUGGUGGGAUUGCCCAGGCCCAUCCAUGAGAGCAUCCGAACCCUGAAGCUGCACAAGUACACGUCCAUUGCAGAGGUCCAAGUGCACAUGGAAGAUGAGUUCCUGCGCUCCCCACUCUCUGGAGGAGAAGAAGAAGUGGAGCAAGUCCCUGCAGAGAUCCUGUACCAGGGCCUGCUGCCAAGCCUGCCCCAGUACAUGAUUGCUCUGCUGAAGAUCCUCCUCGCUGCAGCCCCCACUUCCAAAGCCAAGACAGACUCCAUCAACAUCCUGGCAGAUGUCUUGCCAGAGGAGAUGCCGACCACGGUGCUGCAGAGCAUGAAGCUGGGGGUGGAUGUCAAUCGGCACAAGGAGAUCAUUGUCAAAGCCAUUUCUGCCGUGCUGCUCCUCCUGCUCAAGCACUUCAAGCUGAACCACAUCUACCAGUUUGAGUACAUGGCCCAGCACCUCGUCUUUGCCAACUGCAUCCCACUCAUCCUGAAGUUCUUCAACCAGAACAUCAUGUCCUACAUCACUGCCAAGAACAGCAUUUCUGUCCUGGACUACCCAUACUGUGUGGUGCACGAGCUGCCUGAGCUGACAGCAGAGAGCCUGGAAGCUGGAGACAACAACCAGUUCUGCUGGAGGAACCUCUUCUCCUGCAUCAACCUCCUGCGCAUCCUGAACAAGCUGACCAAGUGGAAGCACUCCCGCACCAUGAUGCUGGUGGUGUUCAAGUCAGCCCCCAUCCUGAAGCGGGCGCUGAAGGUGAAGCAGGCCAUGAUGCAGCUCUAUGUUCUGAAGCUGCUCAAGGUCCAGACCAAGUACCUGGGCCGGCAGUGGAGGAAGAGCAACAUGAAGACCAUGUCAGCCAUCUACCAGAAGGUGCGGCACCGUCUCAACGACGACUGGGCCUAUGGCAACGACCUGGAUGCCCGUCCCUGGGAUUUCCAGGCAGAGGAAUGUGCCCUUCGUGCCAGCAUCGAGCGCUUCAACUCGCGCCGCUACGACCGGGCCCACAGCAACCCCGAUUUCCUGCCCGUGGACAACUGCCUGCAGAGCGUGCUGGGCCAGCGUGUGGACC